GUGUGUAGGUCUUGUGUACCAUCCCGUGUGUAGGGGCAGCUGGGCAGGUCCUGUGGGUGCUAUGGGGGGCAAUGGGAGUAGCCAGGGUAACAGGAGAGUCUCCUUCGAGAUGGAUGAGCAGGAGCGAGUGCGGGUCUUGCAGGGCAUCAGGCUUUCUGAAGAUGUAGUGAACCGAAUGAAGGAACCUCACCAGCCUAAAAGGGACCGGCAAUCACUGUCUUCUCCUCCAUCCUCACUGCAAGUUACAGAAGGGAAAGCUGAGUUGUCCACAGGGAUCCAUCCACCAACAGCUGACUCCUUGGGUCGGAAGCCAUCUGAGGCAGAAGAGGAUCUGUACAAGAGGUAUGAACAAGAGCAGGCAAUGGUCCAAGAGGAGUUGCUCCGACUGGCUAAAAGGGAACGAGAUGCUGCCAAUGAGAGGCUUCAGGCCACCCUCCAGCAGGAAAGGAAAAGCACCAAUGAAGAAAAGGAGAAGACAGCCCAACUGUCCCAGGAACUGCAGUGGAAGGAAGAAGAGCUGAAACAGAGGGAUGCCUUCUAUAAGGAACAGUUGGCCCGCAUUGAGCAGAAGAAUGCAGACAUCUACAAGCUGACUGUGGAACAAUACCAUGAGGCAGUCACCAAUGCAGAAGAUCAGAUCAGACGGAGGAACACACAGCCUAUAUGUGCAAACCUGCAAGCAGAGAUCCUGAAGUGCUACAAUGAAAACAAACACCAAGUGCUCAACUGCUCAGAGCUAGUCAAGGAAUAUCGGCGCUGUGUUAGCCUGGCACAAAAGGAACUGUUGGUCCAUUUCGAUUAGAGCCCAGCUGCCAGCAAAGUACGGAACACAGGGGACCACCAAAGCUCUUAAAAGCCCAGCAUCUUUUGGAUUCAUGCUGAUGCAAAUGAGUGCCUUCUGUGCAGUGGUCCAGGAAAGCAACAUGACUCCGAUAUACAGAUGCCUGCAUGUAACAGUCUGAAUUGAUGAAUUUGGACUUGAGGAAGGGCCCAAGGCUUGGGGAAGCAGUGGUCUGCAAAAUGGGCAUCAACAUCCUCAUCCUUUUUCCCCCCCACAGAGAUGUCAUAGAAAGAGGAAUUCCCAUGAACAGAUUUCAUUUUUCUUCAGCAUGCAAGACAAAAGCCUCCCUACAAAAAAACUUGUUAACUGUUGUUUCAUUGUUACCCAGUCGGAGAUGUUGCCUUUCUCCUUGUUCCUUAAAGUAACACACCUGAGGAACAUGGGUAAAUGCAAGAGCCCCAGUGGGUUAUGGUUAAUACUUCUCUCUCUGAGUGUGUUUGUGUGUUGAGUGGGUGAGACCAACAGAAGCAUUCCUCCCCCUUCCUCUUUAAUGCUCCCCCUAAGAACAAUAAAGAGUGCUUGAUAGA